AUGCCCUUUGACUUCCAGAAAUACGACGAAAAGUGCCGCGGGCUCACGCCAGAGGAGCUUCAGAGAGAAUGGCAGCAUUACACACGUCUGAUUACCGGCGCUGCUACUUCCACCACCGUCUCUGGGCUUGCUGUUCCUCUGACAGCCGGGGUCUCAACCAUCGGCGUAGCGUUAGCCGCUCCUGCAAUCCACAAUGCCCGGAAGAAGCGGGAAAUUAUUGAGAGGCAUCUCACCAGGCACUCAGCGUCCCACGUAACACGCAAGCGAGACGUCUUCAGCGGCGUGGCGAUCAGCGGGACCAUUGGCGUCAUGACCCUUGGUGUCGCCUCGAUAGGAGCAGACACCAUUGCCGCACAGGGCGCAGAGCAUGGUAUAUCUGCGAUUGUUGAGAAUGACACGGCAAUCAAGGUCGUCACGCACGCGGCGCUGGAUGGUGCUGGACUCGCAGUCGAACAUGCGCAUACGAAUCACGUCAGGAGAAAGGAGGCACGGAAAGCUUUCCAAGCUGCCGGUGUCUUCCAAGCUGUGCAGGAUGCGAAAGCAGCAGAGGCAGAAAUCCGCAGCAACGCAGCAAGGGGGCAUGUGUACAUCGCCUUCCACCCCAGCUACGCAAACGUCCGCGUUUUCUCAGUCAACGGUCGCUUCUUACAGUGUCUCCAGCGUGGAACUCCCAGCGGAACCUGUACAAUCCUCAGCCUCGUCACUACCGAGACCUGA